AUGCGGAACCACCACGCGGCCAAGCCUCACCGCCGCUCGGUGGAGACGGGGCCUGGUGCCACGGAGGGCGUUACGACCCCUCUGCUGUCUGCGACCUCGGCCCCCCUCGUGACCGGCGAGGACCUGUUCAUCGCCAAUAGGAUCAACGCCCAAGACCAAGCCCUGAGGCAGCAGCUGGCGCUGGGCCCGGACUGCCCCUUCGUGCCGCACAAGCCGGAAGACGGCCGCGGCGCCGCGUCGACGGCCGCCGCCGACGCGGCCGCGGCGGCAGCCGCAGCGGCGGCGGCCGCGCAGGCGGAGGAGGCGCAGGCCGGGCUGCAGGACGCGCCGAGUGUGGGGGACCUGGCGGGGCUGAGCGGCGGCAGCGGCAGCGAGGGCUCGGGGAAGCCGCGCGCCGGCGGCGAGGUGGAGGAGGCGGCCGCGGCCCCGCUGCUGUUGCCGCUGGUGGUGGUGUGCCAAGACAGCACCCCCAAGGAACCCCAGCGCCUUUGA